CAUCAUAACACUUAAUUUCCAAGACAGAAAAUCCUUAGUAGUAAAUUUUACAUUUCCAUUUGUUAAAAUAGCGAGGAAAACAAGAAAUGCAGCAGAAUACAGACCAGCCAGUUUACAAACUCCACAACCAGGAUUUUAAAUAUAUAAGAGAUUGGUUGUUGCAGAGAGGUUACAUAUUUAACGAUCCUCAUUUCAAGUUGAAUAAAGAAUACGAGUGGCUACGACCAUCGAAGAUAACUGAAGAACCUCAGUUGUUCGUUGGAGAAACGACUCAACACGAUGUCAUGCAAGUGCCAUCUGUAGGAUACUGCUAUUUAAUAGCGGCCAUGUCUGCUCUGGCGUUUCAUCCGGAACUUGUGAAGCAAGUGGUUCCUUCAGAUCAGAGCUUUUAUGAUAAAUACGCAGGAAUAUUUCACUUUCGGUUUUGGAGAUUCGGAAGAUGGUACGAUGUAGUAGUAGAUGACCGUCUCCCAACUCUGAAAGGGAAAUUGGCCUUGAUGAAAUCGCCAACUAAUGCUUUCUGGCCAGCUCUGUUACUAAAGGCCUACUUCAAAUUUCUGUAUGGCGCAUACCAAGAUGUAGAAGAAGGGGGGAAUUCUUUCGUAGUUAUGCAAGAUUUCACGGGUGGAAUAGUUCAGGAAAUCUCUCUAAACAAUCUUCCCGAAACAUUUGAAAAGACUUUGCUCAAGGCCAUUGCAAGAAAAUCGCUCGUAUGUUGUGGAAUAUAUGGAGAGGCUAAAUCUCAUCUAGGUCUUGUUAGUAAUCACGCAUACACAAUAACUGGUGCAAGAACCGUUAGUGUCCCUGGACGUGGAGAAGUCCUUUUGAUUCGUAUCAGAAAUCCUUGGGGCUAUUUUGAGUGGAAAGGCGCAUGGAGUGACGGAUCCCGGGAGUGGGAAUUAGUCCCUAAAGACCUCAAAGAAGAAUUAGCAGUUGUUAACCGGAAUGAGGGAGAGUUUGUGAUGGAAUUUUCAGACUUUAAGUCAAACUUCGAGCACGUUGAUAUAUGCUAUUUGAGUCCGAACGUAUAUUUAAACGCGUACGGACAGAACUCAGAAGUCGGACUUUGGCACUUGGAUAUGGUCAAGGGCAGUUGGAUAAAAGGUGUUACGGCUGGAGGAUUAGAAUCGCUGCAUGAUAAUCCCCAAAUAAGGUUUAGGCUGAACGAAGCGGACGGUGACAACGACGGUGAGUGCUCUGUGCUGAUUGCGUUGCUAAUAAAACAUCGUGCCGCAGUUCUAGGGUUUAAGGUUUACCGUAUUUCUGACUUGAACCAACCUGCUUUGGACCAUUACUUUUUAAAAAAACAACCAACCAGUUGGAUACGUUUCCUUACGCCAUAGCCAUGAAGCAGUAAAUAGAUAUGAGUUGAAGCCAGGAGCGUAUUGUGUAAUUCCUUUUACAGAAGAAGGAAGAAAUGGAGAUUUCCUUUUGAGAAUUUACACUGAAAAGAAACCCCUAAUUAAGGAAUUAGAUUCUUCUAAAGUUGGGCUUUCACCGGAUGAUGUGCCAGACCGUGACGCACCAGUGUCACGAAGAACAACAGAAACUAUUAAAGAUUACAAAAUUGACCAAUCAAUUACGGACUAUUUCCUCAAGGUGUCUGGCCCUAACAAGGAAGUUGAUUGGAAAGAUUUAAAGAACGUUUUAGAUUUCGGUUUGAAGAAACCUGUUUCGCCAGCUGAGGAAAAUAGUGACGGUUGGGAACAUUUUCUUUUUGACGCAGCGACUUUUAUAUACAACAAAGUUUUGGAACCAACCUGUGUAGGAAGUGCUCUAGGAAAGACGACAGGUGGUUAUUCAUAUGAUCUGUGUAGAAGCAUGGUAGCCCUACUGGAUACAGACCAUUCAGGGAAGCUGGAGUAUAAUGAAUUUCAAGCCUUGUGGAAUAUGAUUAAAACGUGGGAAUCAAUUUAUGAAUUGUACAGCGAUAAGGCUACAGGAUAUUUGAACUCGUCAAGUCUUCAAAAUGCUUUGGAAGCACUCAAUCUUAAUGUUGGUCGCCAGAUACGCAGUAGUUUAAUACGAAAAUACGCAACAAGAGACGGCUACAUAUCUUUCGAAGAUUUUAUGCAUUGUGUUAUAAAAAUAAAAUCCAUGACGGAGUUUUUCAAAUCCAAAGAUGAAAGUACGUCACAAAAAAUACUUCUUACUUUCGAGGAGUUAAUAGGAAAAGUACUUUAUUCCUGAUUUCACCAAAUGUUAUUCCUGUAAUAAAUGACAAGCCAAGUUA